GAAGCCGGCUUUGUGGACUUGGCAAAGGCACUUGACUUGGCCAUCCGCUCCCUUCAGUUCUCGGAGAGGUUGGAGAAGAACGCACCGAAGUCUUGCCUACACACGCAGACCAAGAAAUCCAUGCCGGAAUACAUGAACCUGGUGGUGAGGGGCUGUGACCGCAAUGGCUGGCCAAUGCGCCGUGUAUUCCUUGGCCACUUGAGCCGUGUGGUGGCAAAUGCUGCAGUAGGAGAGGCUGACGGUUCAGCGCCCUCGGAAGCCUUGACGGAGUUUGGUAAAGCAGGUGGCUGGAAAUAUGUCAUCUCAUGGCUGAGUGAGGAGCCGCAGGUCAGCACAUGGCCAGCAUUCUCCACCUUGGACGAACUGGGCGUCAGCUUGUCCAGCCAAACUCCCUACAAGCUAUUUGCAGUGCUUCACAAGGUCCUCACCACUCCCGGCUUUGAAGGAUCCAAGCCCGCUUCAUGCCUUCCUCGCUUGGAAAGACACCUCACUCGGGCUGUGGCCAUUGC